AUGAGACGGAAGGGCCGACUUAAGACCGGGGCCCUGCGGGGGGAACGCAUUUCCAUCGCGGCUCUCCGGGGGCUCUCCCGCUCCCAUGUCCCCUCGGAUAAGGUGCACCGUCCGCUUUCGGCGCGCUCGCCGCCGGCCUCUGUCCCUCUCGCUGCUUCGGCGCAUCUUGCGCGGGGUUACCGCUGUCCUGCGGCGCUCCGGGCCGCUUCGCCGCGUUCUGCGCCGGGUCCUGAGGAGGAGGAACCGGGGCAGCUCCCGGCCCAGGUGAUGAUGCUGGGCAGCCCGCGGGUGGCCGAGCUGCUGCUGCAGCGCGGCGCCGACCCCAGCCGGCCCGACCCGCGCACCGGCUGCCGCCCCGCACACGACGCGGCCCGCGCCGGCUUCCUGGACGCGCUGGAGGAUCUGCACCGCGCCGGGGCGCGCCUCGACCUGCCCGACGGCUGCGGCCGCCUCCCCCUCGACGUGGCGGCCGAGGGUCCGCACGGCGCUGUCGCCUGCUACCUGAGGCGGCCGCAAGCGCCGGCAGGUCCGACAGCCGCCGAGUCCGGGCGGGGCGCGCUCCGCGAGCCUCCAAGGAAACGCGCUAGAAGGCACCGCACUGCCAUGAGCGGCCCGACGGUCCUUUCCUCCCUCCUCCCCUACACCCCUUCACGCAGCGCCGCAAACAGAUCGCCGGCGCUGGAGGAUGGAGAGCAUCCAACGUUCCGUCGUUUUCCCGCAUCCGACGAUCGUUCCCGUUUGGAGAAGUGA